GACGGAACAGCACAUGAACUGGACACACAAUUUAAUAGUGUUUGUGUGUGUAGGUCUGGAUGCUGAAGAGGAGAGGAGUGACAGUGUGUUGGGGUUUUACCUGAAGGUGACCUGUAAAGAGGAGAUGAGUGACAGUGUGUUGGGGUUUUACCUGAAGGUGACCUGUAAAGAGGAGAUGAGUGACAGUGUGUUGGGGUUUUACCUGAAGGUGACCUGUAAAGAGGAGAGGAGUCUGACAGUGUGUUGGGGUUUUACCUGAAGGUGACCUGUAAAGAGGAGAUGAGUCUGACAGUGUGUUGGGGUUUUACCUGAAGGUGACCUGUAAAGAGGAGAUGAGUGACAGUGUGUUGGGGUUUUACCUGAAGGUGACCUGUAAAGAGGAGAUGAGUCUGACAGUGUGUUGGGGUUUUACCUGAAGGUGACCUGUAAAGAGGAGAUGAGUCUGACAGUGUGUUGGGGUUUUACCUGAAGGUGACCUGUAAAGAGGAGAUGAGUCUGACAGCGUGUUGGGGUUUUACCUGAAGGUGACCUGUAAAGAGGAGAUGAGUGACAGCGUGUUGGGGUUUUACCUGAAGGUGACCUGUAAAGAGGAGAUGAGUCUGACAGUGUGUUGGGGUUUUACCUGAAGGUGACCUGUAAAGAGGAGAUGAGUGACAGCGUGUUGGGGUUUUACCUGAAGGUGACCUGUAAAGAGGAGAGGAGUGACAGCGUGUUGGGGUUUUACCUGAAGGUGACCUGUAAAGAGGAGAUGAGUGACAGUGUGUUGGGGUUUUACCUGAAGGUGACCUGUAAAGAGGAGAUGAGUCUGACAGUGUGUUGGGGUUUUACCUGAAGGUGACCUGUAAAGAGGAGAUGAGUCUGACAGCGUGUUGGGGUUUUACCUGAAGGUGACCUGUAAAGAGGAAAUGAGUGACAGCGUGUUGGGGUUUUACCUGAAGGUGACCUGUAAAGAGGAGAUGAGUGGCAGUGUGUUGGGGUUUUACCUGAAGGUGACCUGUAAAGAGGAGAGGAGUGACAGCGUGUUGGGGUUUUACCUGAAGGUGACCUGUAAAGAGGAGAUGAGUGACAGUGUGUUGGGGUUUUACCUGAAGGUGACCUGUAAAGAGGAGAGGAGUGACAGCGUGUUGGGGUUUUACCUGAAGGUGACCUGUAAAGAGGAGAUGAGUGACAGCGUGUUGGGGUUUUACCUGAAGGUGACCUGUAAAGAGGAGAUGAGUGACAGCGUGUUGGGGUUUUACCUGAAGGUGACCUGUAAAGAGGAGAUGAGUGACAGUGUGUUGGGGUUUUACCUGAAGGUGACCUGUAAAGAGGAGAUGAGUGACAGUGUGUUGGGGUUUUACCUGAAGGUGACCUGUAAAGAGGAGAUGAGUGACAGCGUGUUGGGGUUUUAUCUGAAGGUGACCUGUAAAGAGGAGAUGAGUGACAGUGUGUUGGGGUUUUACCUGAAGGUGACCUGUAAAGAGGAGAUGAGUGACAGCGUGUUGGGGUUUUAUCUGAAGGUGACCUGUAAAGAGGAGAUGAGUGACAGCGUGUUGGGGUUUUAUCUGAAGGUGACCUGUAAAGAGGAGAGUCGUCUAAGCAACAAUAAGUUCACUAUGCUGGACGUCCAGAAGAACAGAGUCCGGUUCAGCAACAGUCAGCGGAGUUCUCUGAAUGAGGAGUAUGAGGCUCACAAUGCCAUUGCCUCGGGCUAUGUGGACCCCCUGCAGUUGUUGAGUGACGGCGUCGCCCAGCUGGUUGCAGUGAUUGGCUUCUCUGUGGCCUCUAUCUCCACCCCAUCCCCUACACCAGGCCUCCUGGCUGCGGACUGCAGGGGUCUAGAGUUCCAACAGGCCAUGCCCACCCAAGACACAGCCUUCAUACCUAAUGAUAUAGUAUAUCCUUCAUACAGGAGGAGCAGAGCUUAUACAGUGCCGUCAGAAAGUAUUCAGACCCCUUGA